AUGAAUGAGAAACAAAUUCUCGGCGUUGCUGGUAGCAGUAAUGAUGUACACCUUAUGACAUUAGAAUAUUAUAACGAACAUAAAGAUGAACUGAAAGGAGAGAAGGGUGACACCGGACCUCAAGGACCACAAGGAAUACAAGGAAUACAAGGAAUACAAGGAAUACAAGGACCUCAAGGCGAAAACGGUUUGGAUGGAAAGGAUGGAAAGGAUGGAAAAACUGCUAAAUCAUGGAUAUGGGACCUUAUAAAUACUGGUUUAACAGCUGCUUCAUAUGGAGUUCUUCAAUACCAAAUCGGAAAGAUAUGGGCGGUACUUGGUGAAGAAGUUUUAAAUGACGUUAAAAAUGCUUUGAACUUCAUUUCAAAUGGUUCGGAUACUAUUAAAACUUUAUCUGGUUGGAUGCAAGAAACAAGGAGUCAAAUAGAUACUGUAAGACGUAUAGCAAACAAUGCACGUACGGGAUUGGAUACUUUACGACAAGCACAAAAUACACUAAAGGAAGCAAAUGAUAUUCUUGGCUCAGUAUCAGACAUGCAUGAAGAUUGGCUUAAAGGUAUUGACAAAUCUUUAAAAAAUCACAGUCAGUCUAUUGCUGACUACAAGAAAAGUAUAGAUUUUUUACAUAGUGCUAUGGACGUACAUGAUGGAAGCAUAAGGAACUUACUUAAUGCUAACAAUAACUUACCAGGAACUAUUAAAGCAUUUAUAAAGUCCUUUGUAAAACCCGGUGCUCUAACAUUUAGGUCUUUGAGAGCAAGAGCAUUGAAGUCAAGAGAUGCAGAA